CUUACCCAGCUUUUCCCACAUGUUUAGUUGCAGGCAAUGAAGCAAAGGUCCCUCCUUUCCUUCAGCAGCAGCUUCAGCACGAUCUGGGUCACAUAAUCCCCUGUGACCCAGACCCACCAGGAGAAGAACUCAAGGAGAAACUAAAGGAGUAUGUCAAUGAGGUAAAUAUGCGGAAGCCUGGAUUCAUCAAGGUGGUCCGACACAGCAAGCAAGAGGGGCUGAUCCGGUCUCGAGUAAGUGGAUGGAGAGCAGCCACAGCGCCAGUUGUUGCUCUCUUUGAUGCUCAUGUGGAAUUCAACGUAGGAUGGGCUGAACCAGUACUCAUGAGAAUAAAGGAAAAUAGAAAAAGAGUCAUUUCUCCAUCGUUUGAUAACAUCAAAUAUGAUAAUUUUGAAAUAGAGGAAUACCCCCUGUCUGCGCAGGGGUUUGACUGGGAACUGUGGUGUCGAUAUCUGAAUCCUCCAAAAUCCUGGUGGAAGCUGGAAAACACAACUGCUCCAAUAAGAAGCCCUGCACUGAUUGGAUGCUUCAUAGUAGACAGGGAAUACUUCCAAGAGAUUGGCUUGCUAGAUGAAGGCAUGGAGGUCUAUGGAGGAGAAAAUGUGGAGCUUGGGAUCAGGAGAGAAAGCAUUAUUGCAGAAGAAGGAGUGGAAUGGCCCUUGUCAAGACCCAGUUCCCUCCACUGUCAGGGAGUGCUAGGGGAGAGAUGUGAGCAUUCUGCCUUUGAUUAAACCAGUCUCUGCAUGCUUAGGGAGAGAGAGCCUGAGUGCAUUCGUAGAGCCAGAUUUCUCAGCUCAAUGUUGCAUGCUGAGUUUUAAAAUUAGUGACACUGAUUUUUAACUGAAUGACUCAUAGUUUCUAUGAGAGAACAAAGAGUUUGAUCAACCAAACCUAUGAGACUUUGAUGGUAAUCUGUGUGACAGAAUAUGGCCCCAGUGCUCUCAAGUGAUAUACUAGCCUGUCUGGUCUGUUUAAUCCUUGUGGAUGUUAACUGCUGAAAAUCACGUUGAAAGACAAGACUAGACAGAAGCAUAAACAUCCCCGUAAUUGAAAUUUUGUAGUCUACUGGAUUGCUGGAAUAAGACCCAACAAUGAUCUUAAUUUGUAGAAGGCUGGUCUUCUGUCUCCAGGGAAAUGGAGCCUGACCUAAAUAAAACACUUUCAUCUUUAACAUAGCACCAUGUGCAAGGUAGCAUAAUAUAUAUUGCUUUGUCUAGCUCUAGUCUUACUCUGAUCUGAGUUCCCAGCUGGAUCAAAACAUCUGUAAUGACAGAUAGCUCAGCAGUUUAUUAAUGACUCUCUUCACUAUGCUCAGCACAACCCAGAUAAUAGCAGGAUUAAUAUACAUUUAUGCUGCAAUAGUAGUGCUGCCAGAAAGUGUAAUAUUCAGGUAGACUUUCCAAGUGUGUCUCUUCAUUUAACCCCCAGCUCUUAGCAAAAUGGAGGUGCCUACAAAAAAGGCUGUUAUCGUAAUGUUGUGGGAAAUCAUGUUAUUUAGUUACAGGCCCAGGCUCUACAGUCUGUAGUGGUAUUCUACAAAGUUGCCUUUCAUUUUCUUUACAUAGAGACAUGCUGAAAACUAUGGUCAGGGAAGGAGUUAGAUCCAGAUGGUCUUUCUCUGCUGCCUAACUACAUUUUCUUUGCAGCACCAGAGAGCAAUUUCGACUUCCUGGGUUGCUUUUAACUGCAGGGCCUAAAAUGAAUCACUUAAUAAUGGCUGUAAUUGUUGAACAGAAACAGCAGCAGUUUGCAUUUUAUUGUUACAGUAUGAGUACAAUAGCUAAAUUUUUGUUUUAAAAUUAUAACCCGAACACCAGGAUGCAGAUUUCUUCCCGUGCUUUAUCUUUCAUCUGCACUUUCCUUUUUAGCAGCAUAUGGCUUAGUCCCAUCUACUGACAUGUGGUGCUCUUUAGCCUCAGAAAAUGAGCUUCCAGGCAUGCCUGAGAAAAUCCAGUACCUGGCUUUCAAAGUUAUGAGGCAUCGUGCAAUAUGCUGGCGCUCAUUAAUCAGCCAACUUUCUGAGCUUACUCCAUGGCCUACUGUAGCCAGGAAGUUGUGAGUAAAAUAGACACAUGGUGGCCUGCUUCUAUUCUGCACGCUGCAAUGUGUUCACACAGUGAAGAGAUGGAAUGACAGGCAGCAUUCCAUUCCUUCCUCCCGCCUUUAUGCCAUAGGCCUGCAUGACUCAACGGGUUCAUCUGCCCGUAGUAAUGCUUGGUGUCUGGAACUGGUUAGCUAUCUUCUCCCUGGUAAUGUCUUAUAAAUGUGGCGAGUUCAAUGUUACAGAGUGCUACAUUGUGAGGGUACAAUGGAUGUACAGAAGACAGCAGUAAUGAGAUGCUCCCCCACCCAUUCCAUAGAGAAGAUCCCCGUUGUCCAAGUUCUCUGCAGCUCCUUGUGGAAAGAGAAGUGUGAGUAGACCAGAGCAAGUACUGAGACCAGCAUAUUCAUGGACUCUAUGUAUGUGCUGUGCCAAACCUCAUUUAGUAAGGAAUCAGCAAGCCAUAACUGCUACAUUUCCUCACACUUUGUGUUAGCAGCCAGGGCUGGUUCAAACUGAAAAUGUUCUCUCUCAGCUCUGUCUCAUUUCCCCAUGGAAUAAAGCCCUCUUACACUCCUCAGGAUUAGUCUGCAACAGGCAAUUCUUUCUCUUUCCUCUUCAGCCUUGAAGUAGCCUGCUCACAGCAGAAUGGGUAGGAAUGAAUCCUCGCUCAAUGUUCUAACCAAAAGAGGCACCUUUCUCUCAUUUAUCCACGUUACUUGUGCCGCUAAGACCAGAAAACACACAAAGCAUUUGGAGUUUUAACAAAAGCAUCUAUUGUUGAUAACCUCUUACUCACAGGAUCAGUUAUUUUUCACAUUGCCAGUAUGUUAUAGGACCUGGAGAUUACUCUAUCAGGCUCUUUUAAAAAUUCUCUCUUUUCUUAAAUCCAUUAAUGUCUAUGUUAAGGUGAUAUUUUAUCAAUAGGUCAUUUUCUCUCUCUCAUCUAUGGCUUAUAAUAAUAUGCGUAAAAUAUUAAACUCAUGCUAUCAAAUAAAUAUUAAUAGAAUUCAGUAGCCUUAGGGUAGAUGCUAUAAAUGAGUGCAAAGCAUGAAUACAUUCAUAAUAUAGGAAAUAAGGUCAUAUUUUUUUCCUGACAGCAACACAUUUUCUUACAAAACUCAGUAUUUGCCUCAUAACAAGACAAUUAAUCUCACUAAGGCUAGCAUCUUGUCUGAGGGGCUGGAAUCUUCUGAUGGGGUUCCUCACCAAAGGCUGUCAGGAUCUCUCAGGGUCUCGUCAUUAGCCUUUGUGUAGGAUAAGCACUGCUCCUUCAGAGGUCCCUCAUGCUUGCACACUUCAGAUCCUGUUAAUAUGUUUCAAAAACCAGGCUUACCUGUGUCGAUGAAGAAAGGCUUCUUUGUCGGGGCAUCGC